AUGAUUGAUAGAAACGAACAAUUGCAUACAGAUAUGUCGUUUAAUCUUAAAGAUCUUAAAACUAAUGAUCAAUGUGAUAUAAUGGAAGCUGAUGAGGAAUCAUCUUUCGAAAGUUAUGAAAUCAUUGAUUUAAACUCAAGAAAGAUUCUGGAUCACUUUCUUUCUGUACAUGGUAUUAAUAAUAAUACUGUGGUCAUAGAUCAAAUUUUAAGUCAAGCUCAAAUAAUUAAUCAUUCACUUGAAAGAUCACUAUAUAUAACCGUACAUAAUAAAGAUCCAUCUGUUAAACUGGGACCUAAAACAGAAUAUACUGUUCAAGCAUUUGAAUCAGUCUAUGCAAGAACCUGCACGAUCGAAGAUGGCAAUUGUUUGUAUAAUUCUCUUUCAAUAAUUAAUAUUGGAUCUGAAAAACUAAGACAGUCAAUGAGGCUAUUAGCAGUCAAUGCAAUGAUUAAUAAUAGUGAUCAUUUCACAAGAAUGUGUAAGACAUUGAACUAUUCAUUUGAAUAA